GCCCAGCAAUCUGGGCUUGUGCGAGGAGCCUGCCAGGACACGUUAUACGUGCCCGCGCCGUAAGUCCUGACACUCUAUGUUGCCGCUGCUGCAGCUUCCACUUCAGGGCGUCGAGGCCACCAUCUUGCUUUUAUGGAAGCAGCAGGAGUCCAGACGCGAAAGUUCUGAGCUGGGAGUCUUGGUGAGUGAAGCCACAGUCAUGCCAUCUUUGUCACUGCGCCUCACUGUGGUAUGCUGGAACAACCAGAACCGGAGCAUGGAGGUGCACGACAUCCUUAGCAAAUGAGGAUUCAGUGUCCGGUCCUGAAGAACAGGAACAAACGUGAAGCUUUCAGGACCAGCACGCGACAGGCCAAACAUUUAUGAUUUCAGAACCACGUAUGACGAGAUGUACAAAGACCUUCUUAGGAAAGACAAAGAACUCUAUAUGCAGAAUGGCGUUUUAUGGAUGCUGGAAAGAAAUAAGAGUAUCAAGCCCAGGCCAGAGAGGUUCCAGGACUGCAAAGAUCCUUUUGACCUCAUCCUCUCCUGGGAAGAGCGAGUGUAUGACCAGGUACUGGAAGAUAUGAAUUCCGGGGAGCAGGAGACCUGCCAGCCUGUGCAUGUGAUCAACGUGGACACCCACAAAGAGGCUACGCUGGGAGCAUUCCUCAUCUGCGACCUGUGCCAGUGCAUCCAGCUCAUGGGGGACAUGGAGGACGGGAUCGGCAAGCUGCUGCAGGUGUUCAAGGAAACGAGUGGCAGGAGCUUCCUGCACACCGUCUGCUUCUACUGA